CUAAUAAAAUAACCCAAAGGAGCCUUUCACCUAAUUAUAUAUUUCUCCAUUGUAGACCAAACAAGAACAACUACACAUUGUUUCAAAUAUCCAAAUUUCAAAUUUCUCUUCAAAAAAAAAAGAAUCAAGAAACACACAGUUUCUUGUACAACAAGUUAUCAAUGGAAAUUCAAUUCCAACAGCAAAAGCAGAAUAGAAGAUCAAGUGUUGUUCCAAUGAAGAAAACAAGCAAAUUCAAGAAUUCUAACAACAAUAAUAUUAACAAUAACAACAACAAAUUUGUUGGUGUUAGACAAAGGCCUUCGGGAAGAUGGGUGGCUGAGAUCAAAGACACAACACAGAAGAUUAGGAUGUGGCUUGGAACUUUUGGGACAGCUGAAGAAGCUGCAAGAGCUUAUGAUGAAGCUGCUUGUCUUCUUCGCGGAACGAAUACUCGGACCAAUUUCGUAACUCAUGUCUCCUUGGAUUCUCCUCUUGCUUCAAGAAUCAAAAAUCUCCUCAACAAGAAAUCGGAAAAUAAACAAAUAACACAAGAAACAGAAGAAGAAAACCCUCAAGUCUCUACUCCCUCAAAUAGCACUAGUACUUCUAGUAUUAGCACCACCACUGCCACCCCAACGUCUACCACCACCGCUUCCGCCAGCAGCAGCAGCAGCAGCACGAGCGACUAUAAUACUCCUACCCGAUUUGAUGAAGAUGUAUACAAGCCGGAUAUGAGCAACUGCCGAGAAGAAUACGGAUUAGGGUUUUCUCAGUCUGAUCUUUCAUGGACAUAUGAAACUGGAUUUGACAAGUUUAAUUCAUUUACUCAAGAAGUAUUAGAGUUCCCCAAGAAUAUGAUACUGCCUGAAACAAAUGACUUGGAGUUCACGGAAUUUGACAGAAUCAAAGUUGAAAGACAGAUUUCAGCAUCUUUAUAUGCCAUAAAUGGAGUUCAAGAAUAUAUGGAAACUUUUCAUGAUCCUAUUGAAGCUUUAUGGGAUCUUCCACCAAUCUGUUAAUUAAUUAUGGUUUAAAUCUUGUAAUUGUUUUAGCAAUGAUGGAUGAAUUUGAGGUUGACUGAGCUAUGAAGGUCUUGUUUAUGAUCGAUGAAUGCAAAGUUGACUGAGCAAUUAUUUGUAUUAAAUUAUAUACAAUUAUUUUUCAUUGUUUCAAUUUUUCAAAUACUA